AUGGAAGUUUCUAGCGGUUCGAGCUUUGGAAUAGACACAAUUUUAUCGAGCAGUACCGGUUGUGGUAGCCCUGUGUUGAUGAACGGAGAUUUUAGCCAUGGUGACAACAGAAGUACGGAUUUCAGGAUCCAUGUAACCCCCUCGCCAUGUUCGGAUAUAGACAUGGUGGGAUCAGCCCCCUCAUCACCGAUGUCGGCCACCGUGGAUCACGCCGAGCUGCAGGUGUUCCGCGACGGCUUUCAGCACCAUCACUAUCGUGACACUCAGCAGCAAAGUUUGCAGCUGUCGCCUCAGCUGCAACAACUUCCCUCUAUCCCUAGAUCUGCUACCUCUUCCUUUCUGAUCAAAGACAUUUUGGGCGACAGCAAACCACUGGCAGCCUGCGCGCCAUACAGUACAAGCGUCUCAACGCCGCAUCACAUUUCGAAAACGGACAUCGGCACGGAACCGAACGGCUUCAGGCCGAAAUUAGAUCACGAGGCGCGCAGCAAAUUUGACAAACUGGAUAACAUUUCUACUGAUAUAAAAUGUAACGCAGAAAAAGAAGAAUGUGACGAGGAAAUCUCAAGCAGCAGGGGCAGCCCCCAAAUCCGCUCGAAGAAGCCCCGGAAAGCGCGGACGGCCUUUUCGGACCAUCAGCUGAAUCAGCUGGAGCGCAGCUUCGAGCGGCAGAAAUACCUCAGCGUGCAGGAUCGCAUGGACCUGGCUGCGGCUCUCGGCCUCACCGACACACAAGUCAAAACCUGGUAUCAAAAUCGCCGCACGAAGUGGAAAAGACAGACCGCUGUCGGACUGGAGUUGCUGGCUGAAGCUGGAAAUUAUUCUGCUUUACAAAGGAUUUUCCCAUCUCCUUAUUUUUAUCAUCCGAACUUGCUGGGAGGCGUGGACGGCUCGACAGCGGCCGCCACAGCAGCGGCAAUAUACAGUAGUAUGUACCGGACUCCGCCGGCGCCUCACCCGUGUCUCCAGAGGCCCAUAGUGCCGAGGGUCCUCCUCCACGGUCUCGGUCCGGGGGGGCAACAGGCAUUAAAUCAUCGGUAG